AUGGCAGAAUUUGGCGAACCCGCCAUGGUAGAAGGAACAGCAGACAUGGCUCAAGCUUCAGUUCCUGUGUACGACGUUCGGCCAGCUCCUGGCAAAGGUCUCGGCGUAUUUGCAAAGCAUCAUCUUAAACGGGGCACUCCAAUUCUCAUAGAAAAGCCAGCUUUCUCGGUUCCUUUGCCGACCGAGAUGUUUCCAGGUCAAGGGUUCAAAAUUGAGCAUAUGAUUGCUAGCAUCGAGGCCGGAUUUGAAAGCCUGUCGCCGGAUCAAAAAGAAGAGUAUCUCAACCUGCAUGAAUUCCAUCCUUCGGAAGGAAAUUCGAAUUUACUAAUGACUAUCUUUACGACUAAUGCUUACACCAUGGACGAUGAACACGUUGGAAUAUUCCCGAAAAUUGCGCGAAUCAAUCACUCUUGUAAGCCCAACACUUUGAACUGGUGGAGCGUAAAAACGAGGAGACGAAUCAUGUAUACCUCGCGCGAUAUCGAGAAGGAUGAAGAGAUUACCGUCUCCUACAUUCCGCUCCUCAAAACUACCAUGGCUCGACAGCACAGGCUUAAGCAGUAUGGUUUCACUUGUGACUGUUCGGCCUGCAAGUCGACGGAGGGCGACAAACGGCGAGUCAGGAUGUCAGAUGCGCUAGAUUAUUUGGAGCAGAAGCAGUUUUCUCCCACCAAGAAGCUCUCCAUCAAGGAGAAGCGAAUCAGCAAGUCUAUUAAUCUUGUCAACAUGCUCUUAGCAGAGGGUUUGCCAGAUUAUCUGGCGCAGGCCUACCACUUUGCUGCAGUUUUUAACCAGCAAGCAGGCCAUCUGCGGGAAGCCAGAGAGUGGGCUAUGAAAGAAUUGGAGAUGCUACAAUUGGCCGAACGAGGCUCCGAAGAAGCUCUCAAAGCGAUGGAAUACCUGGAAAAUCUCAACACUUGA